AUGGAAAAGUCAAACGCUAAAACUAAAAAUUGCUUCCUCCUAACAUGCGUGGAGAAAAGCAAUGGAAAGCUAGGAAGAAAAGUCAAAGUGAAGCUAGAAAAAGAAAGUGCUUGUUCUCUGCAAUCUAAUAGUUCCUAUCCUAAUGGCCUAUUGCUACUCUCUGGUCUUGUGCGGCGGCCCUCUCAUGGGGAAGAAGAAGACCCCUUGCUUCAGCCCUGCGUUCCUCCUUUUAAUGCUGCCCCGUGCGAAUUACCAACAAAGACUUUUUCACAAACCUCGUCUUUACUGGUUUCCGCUGCAACUCCCCCCUCCCUUUUCCUCAUGGAUAUAAUUACCGUCCUUUUUCAUCUUGCAUUGCUGCUAAGUCUUCCUACUGUUUCGAUAGCCCUCAUCAAACGUAGCAUCCAAACAGAUCAAUCAGCAUUGUUUGCCUUAAAAUCCCAGCUGUUCGAUUCUAAGAAUUUACUGAGGACAAAUUGGACUGCAAAUGUCUCAGUGUGCAACUGGUUUGGAGUGACCUGCUUCUCUCGCCACCAUAGAGUUGUCUCCUUGAAUCUCUCUUAUUUAGGCCUUCAAGGUAGCAUCCCUCCAGACAUAGGAAACCUCUCUUUUCUCAGUUCCAUUGACCUCAGUGGCAACAAUUUCCAUGGAAAUUUGCCCAUGGAAGAAGGAAUGGUACAUUUACGCAGGCUCAGAUAUAUUAGUCUUGCCAACAACAAUUUUGGUGGGGAGGUUCCUCCGUGGUUUGGCUCUCUGCCUAAUCUUCGAGUCCUGGAUUUAUCAAGUAACAGCUUCGUAGGUGGCAUUCCGAUUUCCCUAUUUAAUGCAUCAAAGUUGGAGUCCAUAAGCAUCAUGUUCAACCAAGUUCAAGGAAAUAUUCCCCGAGAAAUUGGAAAUCUUGGCAACUUGAAGAUCUUAAGAAUGGCAAAUAACCAGCUUACAGGGUUUAUACCACUGACACUUUUCAACAUCUCGUCCUUGCAAAUAGUCAAAUAUUGUCACGGUUCGACAAUUGCUCGGAACUUCGAGAACUGUCAUUGA